CUUAUUGGUUAACAAAGUUUCAAAAUGUCAAGGUUACCGUUCUCAUUUAAACAAACAAACCAAACCAAACCAAUCAUUAAAGCAACCUUCUUGAUUAUCCUAAAGCCGCAACAUCACCAUUCUUUUUCUUUCUCAUUAUUCAAUUUCUACCCCACUCUUCAGCAGCAAAUUCCCGUUUUGCAAACCCCAUAAAGACACCAUCUUUACACUUUUCCGGGAUCUGGGUCUCCUUUAAUUUUCCCGAAAGACAAAGUAGACAGUGUCUUCCACUCGCUUUGAAAAGAGAGAGACUAUGUGUGAUAGUUUAUGAAACUGAAGUGUUUCUCUGUCAAUCAUUGUGUUUUACAGUCAAAUUCAGCGUCUAUGAUCUCGUUUUGUAAAAUUUUUCCCUUGAUAAAGUGUGAGUGUUGCAUUGUUGCAGGAGCCUUCUAUCAAGAAUUGUUGAAGUAACUGUUUUGAGUUUGUAAUGAGGGUGUGGAGGGUUCACUUACCAGAGCAAAAGCUUUGUCCUCAUGGUGUUUUGAGGUGGGUUUUAGUUUGGAUGAGUGUGUGUUUGUUUCUGUUUACGGUUGGUCCGCCGUCUCGGUCGCUGGUUAAGAAGAGUGCACCUCCUCAAUUUUCUUGUCCUCCCUGUGAUUGUCACUGCUCUUCAGCAGAAUAUCUCCUCGAUCCUUUGGGACUCGCCAAUGGCUCAGUUUCUGAUUGUGGUAAACGUGAUCCUGUUUUGAAUGAGGAAAUGAAUAAGGGUCUAUUGGCAAUGCUAUCUGAGGAGCUAAAUUUGCAGAAAGUAGUGGCGAAGGAGAGCUUGGAACACACGAAAAGGUUAGUAAUGGAUGCCAAGAAAACCUUUUCACAGUACAAGAAAGAAGCAGAAAAGUGCAACAUUGGAAUGGAAACUUGUGAAGAAGCAAGGCAGAGGGCAGAGGCAGAGCUCAUUGAAGAACGAAGGCUGACAACAAUGUGGGAAAAUCGAGCUCGUGAAUAUGGGUGGAGUGACAGAAAAAACCAUCAUUAGCUAAUGAUAAUUGUAACAUAGCUUUCAUUGCCAAUACACUGUUUUCUUGAGAUGAUUUCAGAAAGGUCAGUUAUUCCAUUGAAGCAAGUUUAGUGUUUUACCA